CCUGAAGCGACUCUCACGCACUUCUCCUCCGCUACAUGGAGCCACCAGUGGGGUCGUUCUACAUCUCCCUACGUCACAAUGAUGCGCAUUGGAGCGGUCCCAGAAGUACGGGUGUGCAAGCGUAAGGUCAAGAGGCAGUCGACAAACUUGACAGUGCAGAGUGCCCUGUCCACAUGUGUCUUCCGGGUCAGAACGUUGAUCGCACGGACCGCGAAUUGCCAAUUUUGGACACAAUUUCGGAGGCUCCUUGUCCCAAUUCAGUUUACUCAUAGCUCCACUAAACAGAUUUCACUUCUGCUGGACAGCUCUAUUAAGGUAAAGAAUAUUUCUUCAGCAUGUAUUGGAAGAGAGGCCGGCUCCGUUGAAUCUCUGAGCGAGUUCUUUUUCUGA